CCCGAUCCCCGAGGAGAAAAAAAAAAAAGAGCGACCUCUGGUUGGAGACCACCGGAUCGGGCAGGCAGCGCGGACGGCGACGUCAUUGUUUUUUCAAAGGCAGACCGUCGACCGUCGUUUUGGCGGUCAGACAGAUAGCAACAGUUGUCACGAUGUCUGAGAUCAGAUGAGGCGAGAGCAGCGGAGUGAACAUUGCGGCGCUGCUGUGAUCCGGGGCCGGGCGGGAUAAACGUGUUGCUGCCGCGUCCCGCCUGCAAUGAUACAGCCGUCUUAAUCACCUGGGACAGCGACGGGUGUGUGCUGUGCAUCUGUUUGUCAUCCUGGGCUUUCGGCGUCAUUCAGCUCGCCAGCCAUCCUCCGCUUGUGUCGAGGUUUUGUCUGCGGGUGAGGUGAAUCCAGACAUCAGGGCGGGCUCAUGUUCCGCUCAGCAGCUAAACGGGCUGUUGCGUCUGCAGAGAGUCAGAGCUGACGAGCCUGCUGAGACACACGGAUAGACAGGCAGGCAGGCAGUCAGGCAGGCAGGCCCAGAGACAGACAGGAGCGAGGGGAGGGGGGCGACAGCCUGUUUCGGCUCUCUCGACCCUUUGCGGAUCGAGCCGAGCCCCCUCCUGUUUCCACCCUAACCCCCACCCAUUUGCCUCCCGCUUUGGAUGGGGGGAAAGCAGAGCACGGCGGGGCGGCCCCGGGGUGCUUUUCCCGGUGUCUCUACGGAUGACAGCGCGGUGCCACCCUCGGCCCACUUCGGCCAUUACCGGCCGAGCGGCACCAUGGGCCUGCGGAGCCGCUCGGUGAGCUCCGUGGCCGGGAUGGGCAUCGAGCACAGCCCCGCCGUGCCCUUCGGCUUCUACACCCCCAGAGGGACGGACUCGGAUCGAGCCGGAGGGGGGUCAGGGGGCACUACCGCCGCCCCCCACGGUACCGGCUACCAGGACACUGGGGGUGGAGGGCACCACACGGACGGGGUGCUCUAUCUGGGGUCCCGGGGGUCGCUGGCUGACACCUUGCCCCUGCACAUCGCACCCCGCUGGUUCAGCGCGCACAGCGGAUUUAAGUGCCCUGUCUGCUCCAAGUCUGUGGCAUCCAAUGAAAUGGAAGUUCACUUCAUCAUGUGUCUAAGCAAGCCUCGCCUCUCCUACAAUGAUGAUGUGUUGGCGAGGGAUGCCGGUGAGUGUGUGAUCUGUCUAGAGGAACUGCAGCAAGGGGACACCAUAGCCAGACUGCCGUGCCUCUGCAUCUACCACAAAAGCUGUAUAGACUCAUGGUUUGAGAUCAACCGGUCCUGCCCCGAACACCCCUCUGACUGACUGACCACCAGGCCCACUAUGAAUACCGUUCAAGGACAUCUCAUGGUCCUGCCAUGGAUAUCUUGACACAGACGCAACCAAAUCUGAUGAAACAAUCAAAGCGAUCAACACAUACUUAUCCAGACAGAAUCCAUCAUCCUAAACAAGAUAAUUAUUCCUUGUGAAUUGAACCCAAAAAAUGUGACUGUCAAACCAUUGUACAUUCAAGGGCCACUCCGAGCCCUAAAAUAUGCGUCUGCUGAAGAGACUGCUUUCCCCCCAACCACCCUUCUUUCCCUCCCCUCCCACCUCUCCAGGCUACCAGUCCCUUAAAGGGCUUCAUCCGCCUCAACUCGCCCUCCCACCCAAGUGGCAAGUUGCCUCCCUGACAUGCUCAGGUCCUUGCAGGCCUCCAUCAGCUAGCCUUCCAUCUUGCAUCUGGAUUCAGGCCUGUCAGCCGUUAGUGUCAAGCCCUCCCAUGGCCUUAACUGGGGAAAGAAGAGGAAGCGCAGCAGGGAGGGGGCAGGAGGGACGACGAAGGAAGCCACACGAGCAGGAAGAAAGGAUGAGAGGAAAUGAGAAGAAGGAGGAGGAUGAGGAGGAGGAGUUCACCGAUGAAGUGAGGAUUGUUGAGCUGCAGAAGUUUACUUUAAAAUAAGACUUUUACAUUAUAUGGCGGGCCUCUCAUCUCACAACAGGAUUCCAACUUGGUGACGUCCUCUCAUAACAGACUGGAUCCUGGUGUACUUCUUUCUCAUAGUUCCUGCCUCAGUUCUGUGCCCUUCCUCGCCAAUUUGACUCAUAGUAAUCAAAUCAAAAAGUCCCCAAAAUAAUUCUUGGAUCGGGUUUGUGUACACCUGGGGAGGCAGGGAGGGAUUAAAAAAAAAAACCUCACAAACUGGGAAGUAAGCUUGUCUAUGUAAAGGACGGACGGAUGGGGGGGUGGAAAGAUGGACUGAGGGUGCAGAGGAUCGAUCUGAGCAUGCUCAGUUCUGAUUGGGCGUGAGGAAGAGGCCAGCAGUAUAGUUUACGCUCCUACUGUGUAACAUGUGUGUUUGAGAUGCUCCAUUGUCAGGCUUCACCUGGUAUGUGUAUGUACAUUAUAUGUGUGUGUGUGUGUGUGUGUGUGUGUGUGUGGGAGAGAGAGAGAGAGAGAGAGAGAGUGUGAAAGGUCAGUGUAGAGGGCUGACUGGGACAGUGCUGUGUGUGUCUGUGUAUUGAAAUGUUUACAGUCUAGAUGUCCAUGUUCCCUGUGUGUGCGACUGGCAGUCCUCCCUUUACUUUGCUGAUGUUUACAGCUACAGAGAAGCAACAUGACAUACUGUAAAUUACGCACCUAACCUCUAUCGGUUCUUUCUUUUUAGAUCUGCCAGAUUUUUCACGCGAUCAUGAUGAGUCAUUUUCUCGUGAGGGAGUCUCGAGAGUGUGAGAGUGUGAGUGUCUCCGUGCAUACGACUGUUUGUGCAUGUGUGUUUGAGUGUUCUAAAGGCGCCUCUUGGUCUACACUACUGUUGGUUCCCCAUAUUGUGUUUUUGCUAGAGUAGGUCUGGCUGACUGACUGAGAUGCGAGCCACUCAGACCCGAAAAAUGGACUCUGUAGUCCCACUGUGGAUCCACAGGAUGGGGCUUAUUUAUUCAUUUGUUCAUAUUUAACAAUAUUUGUUUAAUAUUCCAAUCAUGUCAGGUGUUACCCACUCUUCAGAAUGCCAAGAGCUGAUGUAUGAAGACUUCUACAAAUCAACAUACAAACAAACUGCAUUUACAAAGCUACUGUAAACAAAUGGUGGAAUAAAUCGUGCUAGAUGACUCUA